AAUGAACAAGGCCUUUAGCGUGUAUUUUGCCAUUGAGAGUCCUUAUUUCCAAACAUUUAUCGAACUGAAUGACUUAAAAUUUAAUGUUUUAAUGAGCAAAAAAUGCUUGUGUUUUUUUGCUGUUAUGAUAAUAGUGCUUCACAGCGUAUUUAGCGAAAAGUUAACACGUCACGGAAAUCGGGCCCUAGGUAAUAUGGAAGGUUUCUUGCUAGUCACGGUGUUCUACGCCUUUCCUUUGCGCUUCGCCUUUUUUUGGCUUACCAAGUCGAAUCAAAAAUCCAUCAUUUUACCAUAACUGAAAAAAUGUCAAGCUCACACGACCACUCCAAUCCAACCUGUAAACCAUGUCCUCCACGCGUUUUUAGGAGUACCAAGAUGGCGGCCAAAUAUAAACAGUAGCCUUGCGUCACUUGCUGCGCGAGCCAUCACCCAACCCACGGGGCUUGUGGGUAAUGUAGUUAUUUCACUCGCCGCACGCGUCUCCGCACUUUGAGUGCCUUCCGACAGAGGUCGCAACUGUGCCAAUUUCCAAAUCUACGGUGGCCAAAUAGGAGCUAAAGCUAAAGCAGAGCUAACCGCUGCGUGCGUGUCUGCGUGCUGUGCGAGCGAGGCGCCGAGCCGCUGAAGUGCAACCCCCACAACCACACGAGCCUCUCGCACUCCUUUUGUGCCGGGCGAGCGACGUUUCAACUUCAACAUUAAAGGAUGAAGAAUGCGUAAAAAGCGACGGCGGAACAUCAGCGAACUGCGGCAACCCCGUCCGGACUGAGCGACCGAGUGGCCGACGAGACGACGGGGACGGUCGAGGAUCGCCGACCGGUUGCUUGAUCCACAAGUUGCAUUCCCAGCACCAUGGAUUCAGAGCAGCACGAGGUGGAUCCGCACCACGCGGACGGCGCCGGCCACUGGCAGGUGACGGCGAAAGCGGGAGACUCGGACUCCGGGACCCGAGACGGGGACGGCGGCUGGAGGCUCCUGGAGGUGGCGCUUUCCGGAGGCGCCCCGUGGGGAUUCACGCUCCGCGGCGGGCUGGAGCAUCACGAGCCCCUGCUCAUCACCAAGGUGGAGGAGACGAGCAAGGCAGCAGCUGUGGGCCUGCAGGCGGGCGACGAGCUGGUCAACAUUAACGAGAUUCCCCUGAGCGGCUUCAGGCAGGAGGCGAUCUGCUUGGUGAAAGGAUCCCACCGGACCCUCAGUCUCAUGGUGAAAAGGCGCAGUGAACCCAUAAGCAGGCCGCACUCCUGGCACGCCACUAAGUUCACCGAAGGCCAGUCCGAGUCAGCCAAAACCCAACCGUCUCCGCCCUCGGCGGGAGUGUGGCACACCUCGUACGAUGCGAGUUCAUCAUCGACCGACCUCUCCUCCGGUUGGGAGCAAACCAACCUCUGCAGGGUUUCCGAUCAGUUCAGCUCUCUCGGAAGCAUGGACAGCUUAGAACAUGUCCCCCAACCAUACCUGGCCGGUCAGCUGUCCCCUACCAAGUCCAAUAACAGCACGGAGCACCUCAGCGGCGGCGGUAAACGAGACUCGGCGUACAGCUCCUUCUCCACGAGUUCGGGCACUCCGGACUUCACGCUUUCCAAGAGCAACGGCGCCUCCACGGAGAACGUCCUGUACAAAGUCAGCCAGUGGGAUGCCGGAGUGAGACCGGUCAAUGGCAGGACGGGCCAAACCACGACAGAGGGAGUCAAACAGGACGACAGGCUGACGUACUUUCAGAUGCCGGGAGGCUGCGACGCCCCCCAGACAGACGACCAGGUUGACUCCCACCACUCUACUUCAGGUAGAACGAGUUAUGGACCGGUAUGGCACGUUCCUGAGAAAAAGAAGACCACCUCCCCUUCGCCCCCGCCGCCGCCCCCGCCGGCACGCAGUGACAGUUUUGCAGCCACCAAGGAACGGGGGCUCGUCAUGGCUAACCCUGAGCCCAAUUCACGAAUGCCGGGAAAGCCCUCCGUUGACGAUCGCGGUGGCCAGAACCCUUCGCCGAAAAACGACAGGGCUAGUUUUUACUCCCACGGGCAGUUCGGCUCAAACAAGCAGCACUCCCUCUCGAGCUGUGAUGUCCGGCAAGGUCCGCCCGCACAUCAUAGACACCAUGCCGACAAAAGCACUUUUCCCGCACAGCGGUUUCCCGCUACGGCUCCCAAGCCACUAAAUGUUGGGGGCUACUUCUCCAGCAUGCAGGACCUCCCUACUAAUGGUUCAGCUCAACCCACCGGCCAGAACCAUCGGAGGAAUCUAAGCACAUCUCAAGCAAUCGCUCCCAAAGACCCCAUUAAUGACAGCAGCGGGCAUAGCCGGUACUACUGCGUCACGACCUGUCAGCCUACUUCGGGGAAACCAGAGGACAGGAGAAGUUCCGCUAGCCUCAACUUGACCCAGACUGGAAAUGAGCAAAAUUCUCUUAGCCCAAAAGCAGUCACCAAAGCAAAGUAUCAUCUUUCUCCACAACAGCUCAAAAACUCCUCAAAUGGUAGAGAAACGAAUGGAUACAGCAAAUACCACGUUACCUCUCCUCUAGGCACCUCGCCCCCUAAAGCCAUUGGUGACGACCUAAGGAACCAGAGGGGACAAAGUUUACAAAAUGAAGAGGAUCCAUACACAACGCGUCCCCCGAUCAGACUCUCUGACCAGCGGCGGUCCCUUCCUCUGCACCACAGAGAUUUCCCACAAGAUACGAGACACCACAGCCAGGCCAGCGACAAGAUCUGCCCAAAGGCCACGCCCAUGCUCCAUUCGUUGUCCAUGGAUGCCAAGGGCGAGGUCUCAAAAGGCCCCAAACAGGAGGAGACGGUCGAGUCCAAACAGAUGCGACGCAACGAGCGCUUUGCCACCACUUUAAAGAGUGAAAUCCAGAUGAGGAGAGCCAAGCUGCAGAAGAGCAAGAGUGCGGCGACUCUUCCCGACGAGAACCAGUCCGAACAGAGCUCCACCGCCAAGUUGGCAGACGGCCCCUUCACAAACACCUACAAGGAUAAUCUGAAGGAAGCACAAGCUCGAGUUCUCAAAGCGACUUCCUUUAGGAGGAAAGAUCUGGAGCCUGUGUUGGUGGAACACCCGUCAGCCGAAGCCAAAUCCACUUACCCGUCCUCAGCGGUGUCUAAGAAAGAUGUCACUCCUCUUCCAACAGUCUCAGAGGCCGGGACCAGUAAAUCUGGGCCUCUGCGCAUCGGUGGACGAAAGCGCUUUGCAGCAGAAAAGAAGGUCAGGUCCUACUCCGAACCGGACAAAAUACAUGAAGUCGGAGUAAAAGAAGAAGAAAGCACAAGCUCCACUGGAGACCAACAAGGCAGGAAAUUGACCGACCCGAGUCCCGGCAGUUCCACGGUCCGGGGUUUUCCCGGCGAAAUGGAAACCACGCAGAAAGGGACGAGAAGCAGGGACGACCCCCAGAGUGGUCCGAGGUACUCCGUUGUGGACCAGCAACGAUUAGGCACCUUUGCCGAGUACGAGGCCAGGUGGAACGUUCAGAAGAAACCUCCAGAAGCGAGGGCCUCCGGACGCUUCCGGUCCGCCGACAACAUUCUGGAUCCUGGCUCGGAGGAGAGGAUGAAACCUGCCUGUUUCCAUGAAAGGUCCCGAUCUUCGCCCUCUGCUGACUUCUACGGACAGACCACUCCUCUCCCUGCGUGUCCCACACCGGAAAAGCAAACUUCCCAGAUGGACGAUCAACCUGCUGGGCCACUCAACUCUGCCUCAAGCUUACUCGAGGACUGCGACGCGAGAGAGAAACCCGCGGAGUCCGAGCGGCCUCCCCCCGCGACGGUGCGCAGAUUCUCCACGACGACCCCGGCCGCGGUCGACCACAGAGCGGCAGAGGCGAGCCGCUCUCGGGUCACGGAGCGCGCCAAGCCUCCCCCGCCCAGAUGCCCCGACGGGUCGACGCUUCCCCAAAGCCACGCCCCGAGCGGCGAGGCUAAAGAGGCAGACGGCAAAGCGCAAGUCGGCGCAGUCGCACGUCACGCCCCGGCGCCCGCUUCCUCCUACAGGACGCCGGCCGCCAUGGAGGCGCGGCGCUCGCCUUCCCCGCAGUUUUCCCCGCAGCGACUCAGCGACAAGCCUCCCGUCUCGCUCCAGGACCAAGACUCGAAUGGGAUGGAAAAUGGAACGGAAAAGCCAAGCGGCGCGGUGAAGAAAGUUCCCGUCAGGAUCGUGCGCUCGGAGGGAAUGCCGGAGAAGGAGAGCGCGGGGACCUUUCCGCAGACCGGCGAGGCAUCCGUGGCCGGAGCCGGAACCGGUCCCGAUAUUAGCAAGCUCGGCAGCUUGCGAGCCGGCGGGCGGGACUCGGUCUUCUGCGCUUUCGCUCGGCGGAAAGAACCCGACGGAUCCGGCGUGACUUCGGAGGAGCCCGAGGCGGGCGCGACGGCGGGGAUGUCGGAGGAGCAGAAGAGGGAGGAGCUGGCCCGCGACAUCAUGGACAAGGACAAGUCACUGGCUGACAUCCUGGACCAGAGCAAGAUGAAGACCACCAUGGACCUGAUGGAAGGCCUGUUUCCUCAGGGCGAGCAGCUGCUGGAAGGAGCUCACCAGCGCAGGAAAGCGCCCCCCAAAGCCGCCCGGCAAGCUGAGGAAAGGGAGAAGGAGGACAGCAUGGCAUCGGUCGCCAUGGUGACCAGCUCCGCGUACUACAGCACGUCGGCCCCCAAAGCCGAGCUCCUCAUCAAGAUGAAAGACAUGCAGGAGCAAAACGAGGACUACGACGACUCUGAGGACGAGCUGGACUUGGAUCUGGCCAACAAGAAGCAAGAACUGAUGGACAGCCUGAGCAAGAAGCUGCAGGUCCUGCGCGAGGCCCGCCAGAGCCUGCAGGAGGACAUGUUGGACAACAACGCGCUGGGAGACGAGGUGGAGGCCCGGGUCCAGCAGGUGUGCAAGCCCAACGAGCUGGACAAGUUCCGCAUGUUCGUGGGCGACCUGGACAAGGUGGUGAGCCUGCUGCUGUCGCUGUCGGGCCGCCUGGCCAGGGUGGAGAACGCCCUCAACAGUCUGGACCAGGACGCCGCGCCCGAGGAGAGACGCACUCUGACGGAGAAGCGCAAGCUACUGAUCCGGCAGCACGAGGACGCCAAGGAGCUGAAGGAUAACCUGGACCGCCGCGAGCGGACCGUCUACGACAUCCUGGCCAGCUACCUGCCCGAGGACGGCAUGGCCGACUACGAGCACUUUGUCAAGAUGAAGUCGGCGCUUAUCAUCGAGCAGCGCAAGCUGGAAGACAAAAUCAAGCUCGGCGAAGAGCAGCUCAAGUGCCUGCUGGACAGUCUGCCCAUCGAGCAGCGCUUGGCCUUUUGAGGUGCUUGGAGUGCACCUCGCUGUCCACCGGGGGCCGCCAGAGACUAAAGUAUUUCCCCCCCGUCGGCCCGGCGGAGCUCCCUUGAAAGAAAAAAAAAUGCUGCUUGCUCAUGGGCACCCGCGUCGAAUACAGUGAACCCCUGUUUAUCGUGAGGGGUACGUUGCCGACCCACCGACGAUAUGGAACAUUCCAUGAUAUCAAGAGACCGUGCAAAAAAAAAAAAAACAAAUUUUCCCUCCCUGGCAGAUUAAAAAAAAAAAAAAAAAAAAAAAAAAAAAAAUGGGGUGCCUUGAGAUACAAGUGCCCCAACCUGAGAAUUUUUGGGAGAUUUGAGCCGUCAUUCAGACAAUUUUUCAUUUCUUAUUUUUAUUUGAUUUUUUGCUUUGAGGCUUCAAGACGCUGUUUAGUGAGUACCACUCCCAGUAAAACAAAAUCCAAAACGGAAUUUCACGUCGCGUGUUCAAAACAAUCCCACAGCUCUGCCUGGCUAAUGCACGCACGCAAUGCAAAAUGCCAUAGACGGGCUAAUGAAUAUCGACAGUGGUGUUAUAAUUCAUGAAACAACAGAUAUUUGAUCAACACAUAGGCAGACAAUACAACAAACCAGCAAUACUCACAGGCUUAUAUUUUUUAUCCUAUGAGGAAAAAAUGACUAAUGUUACAAUCAUCUCUGACACUAUUCGUGACACUUCGCUUGUGCCUGCAAUGCAUGACACUAAAUUUGCCUGUGCACUGUAAAAACAUAAAAAAAAUAAAAAAUCCACGAGGCAAGGAUGCAAAAAAAAAAAAAAAAAAAA